AGAUACACAUGCAUUCCUAGGUGCUCCAAUCACAAGGACAGGCUAUUUUCCCGCCUUUUUUUUGUGGUUGGUUGUGACACUUCUGGAAAAUGCCCUGCUGUUUGGAUGGCCAUGUUGAAUCAGUGUUAUUGACUCCUCAAACGAGCUGUGAGUGAGCUGCUUUGCUUGAAGAUGGUUUGAAGACAGCUUGGGGAUGGAAGAUAAGACGAUGAUCCAUCAUUGAUGCUGGUAAUGAUGUGUUUCUGCGUUUCUGCUUGAGUUGUUUCAGUUUCCAGUUCGUUCAGCCAUUCGUCCCAGUGUGACGUCAUGUCUUGCCGAACGUGCUUGGUACUGGUGGCUUUGGCCUUGACGGCCUUGACCAGUGCAGAGGACGCAACUGGUCAUUCCCCUGAGCUGACUGAGUUGCCAGAUGAGAGGGGCUUGCCAGACACUCCAGGGCCAUACAAAGAAGCGCCAAGUGACGCUGAUGCCGAAAAGCCUGCGCAUGCCAUGCCAGGUUGGAGGUCCAAGGUUCCUAAUGCCACCCAGGGUAGCCUUGGCAGCUUGGUUUCUUUGAAAGCUUGGCAGGACUAUCAGUUCUACAAUGUUCACAAGACAGGUUUCUUCUGCGAUGGCACCACUCGCAUUCGCUGCCGCAAGUUGGAGGAUGGCUAUGCCAAAUGCGGUUCAACUGCAAACUCAGGCACUUGUGGAGCCGAGAAGCCUGACUUGUCCAAGCUGAAAAGCCUUGGGUUCUAUAAAACAAGACAGGCAAGCAGCUUUUGCCAGAAACAGCCCCACGUCGGCACCUAUUGCUACAAGAACCGCUACGUCUACUGCUGCAAGUAUGGAGCGGGAGUUGUAGAAUGCCAACCUCAACACCAGAGCGGCCGCUGGUGCAUGGAUGUGUUCUCUAAUUCAUUCUAGGUCUGAAAUUGUAAAGUUGCACACGGCUUGGUCGGUCGCGCCAUUUGGGCGCCAUUUGUACGACCUUUCAGCUGCACAGAGCUUGAAAAAAGCAAGCAGCUGAAUUGUAAGCUUUCUCGCAGUUUGUCCACCAACCUGCUGACUGCAUUGCUGACCCUGCAUUGCAGCUGCACAGAGCUUGUUGGUUGGGGUUACUGCGGAAAACCAAGACGCUGGUGCAUGGAUGUGUUUCUCUAAUUCGUUCUAGGUUUGAAAUUGUACAGUUGCACACGGCUUGGUCGGUCGCGCCAUUUGGGCGCCAUUUGUACGACCUUUCAGCUGCACAGAGCUUGAAAAAAGCAAGCAGCUGAAUUGUAAGCUUUCUCGCAGUUUGUGCACCAACCUGGUGACUGCAUUGCUGACCCUGCAUUGCAGCUGCACAGAGCUUGUUGGUUGGGGUUACUGCGGAAAACCACCUCCAAACCCGGAAGAGCAGUGGAAAAUUGACGCUCCGUAUUUUGUGUCGUUGCUUUAUUGAAG